AUGACCACACCACUGAAGGAUGCAAUGGACACCUUGAUCAGGAUUUUCCAUCACUACUCUGGCAAAGAAGGAGACAGAUAAAAGCUCAGUAAAGGAGAACUCAAGAAGCUUCUCACCAGUGAGCUCACUGACUUCAUUCCAAGCCAAAAAGACCCACUUCUGGUUGAUAAAAUUAUGAAAGGCCCGGAUUCCAAUAAUGACAAUUAACUGGAUUUUAAUGAAUUUGUCAUUCUGGUUGCUGCUUUGAUUAUGGCAUGUAAUGAUUUCUUUGAAGAACAGCUAAAGAAAGAGGGAUUUUAA